AUGUCAUUGAAUCAAAUAAGACCUCGCACUUCACAGCUGUUGGAACUUCAUGUUUUUUAUGUCCCAGCAGAAGUGUGGAACUUCAAGCUGAAUACAGUUCCUGUAGCUCUUACUAGCAAAUUUGUCUCAGCUGGAUUUAUAAGGGUGUCUCCUCACAUCACAUUAAGAGCGCUGCGGGAGAGGCUUGGAGAGUACCUGGGUGGAGUGACAGUUGCAGAUAAAUUCAGAUUUUUAAAAUGCAUUGGGAAAAAACUAGCAGUGGUGAAAGCAAAGCAGGAAACAGAACUGGAACUGAAGUCAUUUGCUCCUCCUUAUGCACUUUAUCCUGAAUUAUAUUUAUUACUGGGAGUGGAAUAUUUUGAAGAUGUUUAUCCAUUGCUAUCAUCACCUCAACAAAAACAUCACGUUAGUGAAGAAGCUAAUAAUAGGUUUGGUCAUGGAUCAAGAUUAUCCAGCCUUUCCCAACAGAAACCUGAAAAAGGCAAACCAUUUUUAGAAAGUAUACAAAGCAGGUAUCAGGUAGAAAAUCUGGAAGUGCCCAGUCCUGUGGAAUGGGGUGAGAAAGAGCUUGUUCCAAUUUCACACACAAACAACAAGCAAGACAAUAACAACAGGAUUCCAGAAAAACAGUUUGAAGAAAAAGAUCAAAGUGGAUCUGAUGGAUCUCUCUUCACACCAAGUCAUUCAAAUCCUGCAGACCAGGAAUCUGGAAAGUGUGUUCUGGUAUUACACACCUCUGAGCAGAAUCAUCUCAGCCAAGAUCAAGAAGACUGCAGUGCUCCUAAGUGGAAUGACAAAGCCCAGGGAACUGCUCCUACUCAUGUAAACCACAGUGAUCAACAAGGCCAGGGUAACCAAAGACCCCAAAAUCACAUUAAAUAUCAAAAGGAACUAGCAAACAUGGAAAAUAAUGAGCACCAAAAAGAUACCAAAUUAAGAAGAGACAGAACACAGGAUGCUGAAAUUCUUAAAAUAAGGGAAGACCAAACUACAGAUUAUGUCCACAAAAAACAAAGCUUGCAGCAAAACAGAACUAAGAAGACUAGAGUUGGUCUUGGUGAAAAACUGGAUAAUCAGGCAAAUGAAAACAAGCAAAAUCAUCUUACUUGUCCAAAAGAGUGUAUUUCAGCUCCUAGUCCACCUUUUUUGGCAUUUACUGUAAAUCCUGAAUUACAAGUUCCUGUAAUUCAGGCAGCAAAAAACAAGAUGGCAGAACAAUUGCAACAAAUGAAGGAAGACAGAAGGCACAUGGAAAAAACUAGAGAAGAACUGAGAAAAAAGGCUAAAGGGCUACUGGAACAAAAUAAGCUGAGGAGAUACCGAGUGCGUGAGGCAUGGAAGAAGAAGUACUUUGAAACCAAGAGAGCUACACUUUCACUGGAGGACACUUUAAACAAACUGCAACAAGAUUUAGAGCUUUACCACCAGAAAUUGCUCUUGCAACUGGAAGCCAGAGAUAGCCAAAAACGACCAAAGAAAACAACAACCUCCAAGAAUUACACAAUCAUCCGGAUUGCUACAGUGCAGCACGAACUCCACCAACUGAGGAAGAAGCUGGAGGAUACAAAAAUGAGACUCCUAAUAGAAAUGAAGAUGAGAAAGCAGGCAGCAUCUGAUUUACAAGCACUGAGAGCAGAACUGACACAGAAGAAGAUUCAUUCAUCUUUAAUUCUCCAGUCCAGAAAAUCAGGAAUUUAA